AUGAAGGUAAUACAUCCGUCAGUUCCUUUGCGGAGCCCAUUAUCCAUCACAGAGCCAACAGAACCAGCAUUUGCUGAUGCAGCAGAACAAAUACGUGAUUUGGCAGAUUUUGAGCUGGAGAGUAAGGUGCCAUUAUUUCUGUUUGACAACAACGAGUACAAUGUUUUGGUUAGAGACUUGGCUUUACUAUGGCGGUUACCAUCCUCGUAUCAAGUUUUGAUGCGUAUGAGCAAGUAUGGAGUCAAAACACACCUCAAAAGGACUACAACCACUGAAAACAAUCACCUUUGGAGUCAUGGACUUAUCUCUAAAGACGAUACCGAUAAACGUCAAUUUUAUCUCCCCUUCCGUUUUCUCUUGUCCAUUCUUACCAAUAAGGAGAUUCUCAUUGGGGAGUCAACUAAUGAAGCCAACAGCGUUUCCUCAGCUCCUGUCAUUAAUCCUCAACUAGAGGAGAACCAGAUCAGUAUCAACCAAGUAUUACCUCAGUAUGGUGAAGUUAAAUCGACUCUUGACCUCAAUUUCUCCACAUUCAACGCUUUAACCAAGGUGGCAAAGUUCAAGUUUUACAAGACAUUGCCCAUGUUCCAACGUUUGCUUCCUCCCUCGAAACUUCCUCCAGCCGAUUUGGAAUUGCUCGCUCAGGAAAACGUCCUUCCCCCCUUAGAAGUACAACAACCAGAGAGGCCAGACCCAGCGUCAGCGCCAGCGAGGUCAGAGGGACAUGGUCCCUUAAAGAGAGGCCGCAAACCAGUUAGUCGUAGGCCUCUUGGAAAGAUCCGCAAGUAUUACACCAGUAUCGAUCCCAAUACGCUAGAUUUGACCGAGUCUUUAAUUCCAGGACAAGGGUACAUCCAGGAGUUCAAUAUCAACCACUUGUGUAAAGUUCCAAACUAUUACGCCUCUCGAGGUACACAACAAUCUCCUGCAUUCCCGAUUAAAAAGCCAGAAACGAAGGUGCUGAAGAAUAUGCAGCAGCUAUCUUAUUCGGAGCUCGAAACCACUCUUACCAAAUACUACUACACAAAGACUCACAGAGGAGUCGGUAGUGGUAAUUACAAGGACGCUGCGUUUGCAAACAAGUUGAAUAGAAUACCUGCGUCUUUAACUGUGAUUUCAAAGUGUCAUAAAAGUCCUAAGCAGUUGCAGCGUAUGAGGAAAAGACGCGCAGAUAUGAACAUAAAGGGCUUGGUACAUGAACUGUUUCACAACAAAGUCAUCAAGGAAGCUUCCUCAGCAAAGAGAGAUGAGGUGGAAGAUCACAGCAAUAUCGAAAUGCUCCAUGCUAAUCUCCAGUACAACUUACUUGUCAACAGCUACAGAGAAAUAGCUCGAGAAACUUGGGAUCGAUAUUACGAAUUCAAGAUGACAGACUUUGACCAGUUGACAAUGCUUAGGAAGGAGCAAGUCGAGAAGCAACAACGAGAAAAUGCUAUUCGAAAACAUUCGCAAGAUCCCAACGCCGUCAUACCUCCAGAACUCUUACAUCCUCGUGUUACAGUGGUCAACAACAUAGUCAACCCCACCACCUACAAGGAAAUUACCUCCAAGUUACCACUUGAACUUCGAAACGAUGAAGAAACUGCAGCCACCAAAGUGCAGCCUAUAAAAAAACCAAUACGUUUAACCACGGUAUAUCCCAACCCAAUGAAUAGCGAUCUUGCUUUCAGUGUUGAAAGCGUUCGAGUCCCCAACUCCAACUCCAUUGGCUGGGACAACAUGAAGAAGUAUGGAGAAGACCCCAUAUAG